UGCCUGCCUUGCCGCAGCAGUUAUGCACAGUUCUUAUCGGCCAGGAAUCCCGUUAAACAGAGCAGAAGCUGCCGCAGGCUCGGAGCUGCGUCUCCAUCAGCCGCUGUUGUCAGCUGUGAGCGCGGAGCGGGAGGCCGGCUGCUGCUGCUGCUGCUGCUGCGGCUGCGGCUCCUCGCUGGUUUAAAAUGAAACGACAUGGCUGUGGAUCCGGUUCACGCGACAUACGCGCUUCGGCGUUGGAGCCUUGGAAACCUUAAGCAGCUGUGAGAGCGGGGAGCAAAUCAUCUGAAUGAAAGACGCAAGUGGGGUUGGGUGGCCAUGGACCCAUUCAGCCAGCUUAUCCUCACCAUCUCGGUGACCAGCUUCUUCACCUUCCAGUGGCUCUUCCACAGAGUCAGCCCCUGGCUGUCUAUACGCAUCAGCACCGGCUUCUUGGGCCUCAGUGACAAGCAGAAGGUGGAGUGGAACUCAAGGACUGUGUCAACGUUCCAUGCACUGUUGGUGGGAAUCUUCUGUCUCUACAUUUUCUUCUUUGAUGAUGCCGUCAAUGAAGAUCCAGUCUGGGGAGAUCCUACACUGGUGAAGACUAAUGUUGCAAUCACAACAGGCUACCUCAUAUCAGAUCUGCUGCUUAUAUUUUACUAUUGGAAGGCGAUAGGGGACAAGUUUUUUGUAGUUCACCAUCUGGCAGCACUGUAUGCUUACUACUAUGUACUGGGCGAAGGAAUGUUGCCUUAUUUUGCUAACUUCCGUCUGCUUGCUGAGUUUUCCACACCAUGUGUGAACCAGCGUUGGUUCUUUGAGGUACUAGGAUAUCCCAAGUCAUCCCGGCCAAAUAUGGCAAAUGGCGUUGCCAUGGCAGUUGUCUUUUUCAUGGUCCGCAUCGCAGUCAUGCCGGUCUACUACGGUCGUAUGUACGCAGUGUACGGCACAGAGGCCUUCUACCUGGUGCCCUGGGGGGGGCGUCUCGCCUGGAUCUGCUCCAGUAUUUGUCUGGACGUAAUGAACAUCAUGUGGAUGCAUAAGAUUGCGCGCGGCUGCUAUAAGGUGCUGCGAUCGGCUCAGGAGAGCAAAGCUCCAGCUCCUCAGGAGAACGGGAAGACGGACUAAUGUCGGAUGUCAGCGGUGUGACACAAACUGUGACAAGAGACCAUUCUCUCAGUGCACUGCCAGUAGCAGUUUGGACCCUCAGGUUGCUACCAUGGCAGCAGAGCAGGAUUAAACCCUGCAGGACCGAAUGUAAUGAGGACAUUUUCUUUUUUUUUUGUUUCUUUUGUUUUUUUUUGUGGAAAAGCAGAGUCUCUAAGAUUUACUAAUGGACCAGUGAAGUGGUCGCACCCAAGCCAUGAUGAGACUUUCAAGCAAUACUUUCUGUGCAUGGCCAAUUUGUUUUGCAUGAAAGAUUCACAAACGGAGAACAGAUCCUUGCUGAACAAAAGGACUGUUAGCCCGACAACAAAUUGUCAAAAAAGUUUACCUUUUUUUAAUGCUUAUUGCUCAACAGAACAUUUAGUUUUGUUGUAUUACUGCUGAUGAAGCAGAAGAGGGAAAAUGGAGAAAUGUGAGUCAACAAUGAUGGUCGUUGCCAUUGGUUUGUUGCCAGCAAACCGUCGAACAAGAUUAGGAUGCUUAGUGAAUGAGCUACGUUCACAUAGAGGGGUAGGUAUGCAUCUCAUCUCAUCUCGGUAACCUUGGCAUGAGUAUCAAACCAAGAAGCUCGGUUGAACGGGCGUCAGUACUUUGGUUGUGUAUGUUUUUGUUUGUUUUGUCUUGCUGGUGCCAGGGCAAAUUAGUUUUAUAAAAAGGAUUACCUUAACCAAUAUGUCAAAGAUAAAUGAUUUGUAAAGCACUUUGGGUAAUGCUAAAAGGGAAACUUCAAAGUGGAAGGUUGUUUGCACUGAUGUCAAUUCAGGAUGGGAAAAAAAAAUACAGAGCCCCCACUGAUCUUAGCUAAAUGAUGCAUGGAAAGCACCAGAUUUUAUUCAAGUUAAUAUUGCACUGCCUAAAUAAAGUUUUUAAAAUUAAAAACCUUAUGAUAAAAUGUAGAUUUGUUGAGGGUUCUGGCAUCGUUCUGUCUGCCCUGUUUUGAUAACAAGAGUCCUACAGUUUUGUACUUUAUCACUUUCAGACACAAACUUGAUUUUACCAUAUAGCAACAUUUAAAAAUGACAAAGGAUUUUUUUUUUUUUUUUAUGGAAUUAAAAAUUUAGUAAAUCAUCUGACCUUAACACCAUUUUAUUUGCAAAGAAGACAUUGCUCAUCGGUGUUUCAUACAGUAGCUUUAAAAAGUUUUGGACCCACAGAACGUCUGCUUUGAGUCAUCUUUAAUUCAUACUAGGAGAGGAAACAAAUACUUAUUUUUUGUUUGUUCUUUUGAACUGAUUCAGGAUUAUUUCAUUUUUAACGCACAGAUAUACAGAAAGCUCAUAAAGAUUUAUUGGUUAAACUGGUUUGAUGGUUGUAAUUUGCCCAAAUAAAAAAAAGAAUUGGAAUAUUUCUGAGACGGAUUUCAGCCCAAUCAAGUUUUUCAGUACUUGAAUUUCCAUGAGCUGUACAGUAAAAGAAAAGCUCUUAUUAGAUUUGUAGUUAAACAAAAAUAAGGAUUGUAAACUUUUAAGUAUGCCUUGCUGUCCUCAGUGUUGGAUUUCUUUUUACCUUUUCAGAACAAACUAUGGUUGAACAGUGGCUGUUUUCGGACGUUAAAAAUUACAAAAACGUUUUUUGUUGUUUUUGAUUAAAACUGUGUUCCUUCCAAGUCUAUUGCCCUUCUAAUGUGAUAUCUGCCUUUACUGUUCUGUACUUUUUUCAACACCAGCUAUAAGUGGCAGGGCUUCUGUUUGAUUAAUUUUCUUCCUUUCUUCUUACUCUUUAAUUUUUUUUUUUUUAUUUGUGUGGAGUUUGUUUCUUAUGUUCCCUUUGAAAUUUUAGUUUUUUCUCUCUGCAUGAUGUGACCUAUUGUGGUAUGUAAACCAUCAGAUUUAUUUCCUUAAUCUCUUUUAAUUGGUCAUUUUUUCACCAGCGUGAAAUGCUUACAUGGUUGAUUUCUGUCAAAGCGCUCAGAAGGAUUUGGCAGUGCUGAAUGUGCCGGAUGUUGUCUUCAGGUGAAUAAUCAUAAAGAAUGUUUUGACUAAAAGUCUUUCACUUGAUUCAGUGGAAAUGACAUCAGGUUGAUCUGAAUGGAAACAGGGUGAAUUCAGUGUGCGAGGUUGUGUAUGCUCAACAUGGGCGUCUUCAUGCACCUUCUGUAACUGCAUGUGGCUUUGCAUGGGGACUGCAUUGUAAACAAAUUAGCAUAUACAUUUGUGAAGACCAGUUUUGCUCUUUUAAUUUCUCUUACAUGUAGAUAAUGUUUACUUAAACUUUAUUCUUGUACUGUGCCACAAAAUGUAGUCCACAGAAAAUGAUGUGAUGCUAACAUGAACAAGCAGAUACUAUUAUCCAGCACAGAAUAUACAGUAAGGGAAUACUUGAAAAUAAUCAGCACAGUUUAUAAAGAUCUGGGCAGUGCAAAUGAACACAAAUCUUAUAAGCAUCUUGAAUUUUACGUGUUGCAUUGUUUUUAAGUUAUUAUUCCAACAGGUGUUGACGGAAUAGGAAGACGAUACGAUGCAUUCGGGACAGGGAAGUCGUUGCUUCUGCCAACUGUGAAUUGUUGGUUGUUUCUGUUUUUGAUGCCUUUUAAGGAAAGUAUCAAGAGUAGUUGGAGUGUUUAUGUGACAUUCUAUGAAUGUACUGGUUAUAGAAAUUUGUCCAUCACAUUUUCAUUUAUUCUUGAAAAUAAAAACCAAAUUAACUCUU